AUGAUUGUUGAUAAAUUCUUAUUCAAUUAAGGCUUUCCAAAAUAAAAAUUUCGCAAUUCUGCAGUUCUUCAAAAUCCACCUUAAAAUUUGGAAUAUUUAAUAACAUAUUCAGAUGAUAGUCUUUAUAUUUACAAAUAUGACUAUACAAUACCUUAGAAUUUUUUUAAGCUAGAUUCAAGUUAUAAGCUUAAUAACUAAAUUGGGUUGAAUGAAUUUACAAUCGCAGUGGUUUAAGCUUCAGGUUAAUAUAUUUAUGUUACAUACAAUAAUGGAAUCAAUAUUUUCUUGCUUGAUUACUCUUAAAACUUUAAAUAAUUAAGCAGCUACGAAGAAAAAUCAUCAAAAGUGUAAUUACAAUUUUUCGACAUUUUAUUCAACAACAAUAGAAUAAUAAUGACUCUAUAAGAUGGUACGAUAUCACUUUUUGAUUUAAAAUUAUAAUUGGUACAAAAAGUAUAAAUUAAAGACAAUUUCAUGACAGUUGCUUGGAACAUUAAAGAUGAUGUAUUUGUUGGCUUAACAACUGCUUAAAAUUAAGAUAAUUAAAAUGGUUUAAAUAAUCAUAUUGUUUUUUGGGAUGGAGCAUAAAAUAAAUUUGACUAUAGUAUUUAGACGUUAGAUUUUUCUUACCUUUUAUACAUACCAUAGCAAUAGAUUUUAUAUGGCGUUCCAUUUUAAAGGUCACUCUCUUAUUCUGAGUUUUACUAGAUAAAUCUAGAUGAUAAAAAUGAUACUUAAAUUGUGUACAAUUCUCAUUGGGAAUUUAAUUCAGUAUUUAGUAUGAUGUAUGAUUCUUUAACAGAUGAUAUAUUGAUAGGAAAUUGGAAAAAUAAUGCAUAAAUUAAUGAAAGUUUUAAGAAUUUUAACAAAUUAAUUGAAUUUUAAUAGAGUGAAAGCAUAUAAAAAAGUCCAUUUAUUCAAAUAGCACAGUCUGAUAAAAAUGAUGGAGUCAUAGCUGGUUUUACAUAAUAAGGCCAAAUUAUAGUGUGGAAUCUAUAUAAGAAUAUCAAAGAAGUUUACUAAGUAAAGUACAAUGACUUAAACUAAAUAUACUACUUAUAAAAUUUAAUUGUAAUAACACGCAAAUCAAAUGGAGAUUUUGUUAUUUGCAAUUAUAAUUGGUAAGAUGACAUUCAACUGAAUUGUGUGGAAAAUUUAGGAUUUAAUGAUUCUUAAAUUACUUAAAUAAAGAUGGAUUAUCAAUUAAGAAUUUUUGUAAGAUCUCUGAAGAAAAUAAUUGCUUACACUUACUAAGGUUUAUUUAUUUAACAGAUUACUGAGCCUUAAAAUGAAAAAAUAAUUACUGAUUUCCUUUUAGGUGAUAAUAUUUUCUUAUAUUAUACAAGUGAAGGUUUCUUUAUUUUUGAUAGAUAUUCUUUAUUAUUACUCGCUAUUUAGAAUACAGAUGCCCCAAUUCUGUAAAUAAUACUGAUGGAAAAUUUAAAUUAAGUUGCCUAUAUUACUAGCUAAAGAAAUGUAGGCUCAGUACAUUUAUUUUCUAUUGAGACAUACACUUCAACAGGAUCUAAGAUUUAAAUUCUAAGUUAAAGGGCAACAUAGUUGACAAUUAAGAUGUAUUACGAUGAGCAAAAUAUGUACUUGAUUACUGUAAAUGAAGUAGGAGAUAUUAUAAUUUGGGAAAUGAGUCCUGAUUCUUAAUUAACUUCAUACAAGCAAUAUUUAACAAAUAAGUCUCUUAAAUAGAAUAUCAACAAUAUAAAUAUAAUUUUGGAUAAUCAGAAUAACUAUUUCAUAUCAUAUAAUAACAAUGCUUUAGUUUUGUGGGAAUAUUCCCACUAUAUAACAAAAGUAGGAGAAUUUGAAACGCUUCCAAUUAAGGUUGAUAUUCCUCAUAUUUACGAUUAGGAUAAAAACUCUUUGUUGAUUUCUGAUGAGAAUUAAAAUUUAUUCUUGUAUAGUAAUAACUAAUAUAAAUUCAUAAAAGAAUUUUAAACAAAUUUGAGAGGAAUAUUUAAACUUACAGGAUUGCCUGCAUAAUAAGAUAUGAGUCAGCAAAAUACUUUUACUUCAUUAUGUAAAUAAAUUACUGAUAGUGAUGGAAAUCAAAAUAGUUUUAUAUUUUCCAGUAGAAAAGGCAUUGAUAAUAUUACCUGUAGAAGUUGUUAUGGUGCUUUUUUAUACGUAAAUUAUCCAACUGAUUAUUUUAUCAUAAAAGACUCAACAUUUAACAAUUGCUUAUCUGAUGUAGGAGGUGUUAUGUACUUAAAGCUUGAUAAAGAUUAGAUAUUUGGAUCUUUAGGUAUAAGCAAUUCUUCGUUCUCAUUUAACACAGCCAUAUAAUGUGGAGGAGCUUUACAUAUAGACAGUACUGAUAUGGAACUCUUUUAAACUAAUUUUACAUUCAACAAAGCUUAAAUUGGAGGAGCUAUAAGAUAUUUAAACUGUAAGCCUAAGUUUGCUUUGGAUUUAUAAAAUAAUUAAAAUUAAAAUGAAAUUAUCUUUGAAAAUAAUCAAGCUUCUAUCUAUGGAUAACAUUAUACUUCAGUUCCUUUCUAUUUAGAUUACAAAAUUCUUCACAAUAAUACAUCUGAUUUUAAAGUAGUUGAAAUAAAUUCUGAAUAACAUAUAAUUGAAUUUCGUAGUGAAAGCUCAAAGGAUAUUAAAAAAGAAUUAGACAAUUAUUUAGUUUAACUUAUUGUUAAGCAAAAUACUAUUUUUUUAGAAAAUGGUUUGACUGUUAUAAAGCCAGAUUAAAAUAGCCUAAUUUUUUAAAAUGUUAUUGUUACUGGAAUUCCUUUAACAAGUUAAAUAUUCUAUAUCUAAGCUCCUUUUUUGUCUUCAUUAGAUGAUUAAGAUGGUAUAGUUAAUGUUUUAAAAGAGUAUCCCAUCCAUAUUCAUUUUAGAAACUGUAAGCAGGGAGAAUUUUAUUAACAAUCCUCAGGCUAAAGAAUAAAAUGUAACAUAUGCUAAAAUAAUACUUAUAGCUUAGUGGAUAUCCCACCAGAUGAAAUUAUAGUUGAUAAUAUUUAAUGCAAAUCUUGUCCACCUUCUGCUGAGUAAUGCUAUGGAAAUCAUAUUGAGGUCAAGCAAGGUUAUUGGAGAAUAAGUAAUAAUUCUGAUGAUAUUAUACAUUGUGAAGGUAAUCCUGGCAACUGCGUUGGUUAUUCUAAUUAUAGAAAUGGUACCUAUUGUAAGGAAGGAUAUAUAGGGCCUCUUUGCUAUUAAUGCGAUACUUAGGGAAUAUUCUGGGAAAAGAGAUAUACCUUUAUAUCAGAAUAUGAAUGCUAGGAAUGUGAUGUCUUUAACGCUUAUGUUAGACAGAUUUUAAUUCUUUUAGGGAUAACAAUUUACAUUUUUAUAAGCUUGAGUUUAUCUCAUAAAAUCUAUAAAAAAUUAGCAAUAGUUUAUUACUUAAGAAUGAUGAAUAUGGUUAGCUUUGGAAACAGUGUUCUUUCUAGCUAUAGCUAGGUUUAUGCCAAGUAACUUAUUCAUUAUUUAUAAAUAGCUUAUAUCAUUAAUGAUAUGGAUUUGAGUUUUCCUUAUUAAAUUACUUCGACCUCGAGUUUGAUAGGAAAUCCUGUAGAAAAUUUUAUUAUAGCAAUAGAUUGUGUUUUUCCUACUUGGAUUGAUAUUCCUUAGGGAUUUAAAAAAUAACAAAAAUCAAUUGAACUUUAUCACUAACUAGAGAAAAUAUGGUUUUCUGUACAAUGA